CGGGCGGCGGGCGGGGGAUCCCGGGCGGAAGCGAUUCCCGGGCCAAGGCGGCGAUUCCCGGGCGGAGGCGACCCCGGGCGGCUGAUCCCGGGCGGGGGAAGCGAUCCCGGGCGGCCCCACCAUGAAGCUCAUCAUCCUGGAGACGUACUCCCAGGCCAGCGAGUGGGCGGCCAAGUACAUCCGCAACCGCAUCGUCCAGUUCGGGCCGGGCCCCGGGCGGUUCUUCACGCUGGGGCUGCCCACAGGCAGCACCCCGCUGGGAUGCUACAAGAAGCUGGUGGAGUAUUACCGGAACGGGGACCUCUCCUUCAAGUACGUGAAGACCUUCAACAUGGACGAGUACGUGGGUCUCCCGAGGGAUCACCCAGAAAGUUACCAUUCCUUCAUGUGGAAUAACUUCUUUAAGCACAUUGACAUCUCACCAGAGAAUGUCCACAUUUUGGAUGGAAAUGCACCUGAUCUCCAGGCAGAGUGUGAUGCAUUUGAGGAGAAAAUCAAAGCAGCUGGAGGAAUUGAACUCUUUGUUGGAGGGAUCGGCCCGGAUGGUCACAUUGCCUUCAACGAGCCGGGAUCAAGUUUGGUGUCCAGGACACGAGUGAAGACCUUGGCCAUGGACACCAUAUUGGCUAAUGCCAGGUUCUUUGAUGGUGACCUCUCCAAAGUCCCCACAAUGGCCUUGACAGUCGGAGUAGGCACUGUCAUGGAUGCCAGAGAGGUGAUGAUUCUGAUCACAGGAGCCCACAAAGCCUUCGCUUUGUACAAAGCCAUAGAGGAAGGUGUCAACCACAUGUGGACAGUGUCUGCCUUCCAGCAGCACCCCAACACCGUGUUCGUGUGUGACGAGGAUGCCACGCUGGAGCUCAAAGUCAAGACGGUGAAAUACUUUAAAGGUUUAAUGCUGGUUCACAACAAGCUCGUGGAGCCCUUGUACAGCAUGAAGGAGACAGGAGCAGAGAGGAGCCAGUCUAAGAAGCCGUACAGCGACUGAUCUGCUCGGGGUAGUGCUGAACCAGCUGAUGAAACCAGCUGGGAA